AUGGCUCUAAGAAUCUUGUCUACUUCUCACAUCAACAUCAAAAAUAAAAACAUUUAUCUUUUCCUAGUUCGAGGAGUUGUAUCUGCCUUGCACAUACCCGGUCAUUUAUCAAAAGCAGCAGUGUCAAUAUUAACUCCUGAUUUGAGCAAUAUUGACAGAUUGAUUACUGACGACUUAGUGAAAUUGCAAACAAAUCUUUCAUCGAGAAAAUCAUCAUUUCAUCUGGAUUCUUUUAUUCAACAAUGGAAUCACAUGGUUGAACUCCGUCUUCAGCGCGAAGAUCUGGAAACCAGAAGAAUUGAAGUCACCCAAUUGAUGAAGCAAGUCGCGUCCCAUACUGCAGAUACCACUCGCCCCAAUAAGAUUGAAGAAGUUAAACAAGAAGGUAUAAGAUUGAGAACCCAAUUGAAAGAACUAACGAAAGUAUGGUGGGAUGUCGAAGAAACAGCCGUGACUCGAGCUUUGAGCCUUCCUAACAGCUUACAUUCUGAAACACCCAUUGAAGAUAGCAGAGAGUUGUAUUCCUUCAUUCCUCCGAAAUCCGCACAUAGCCCCAAUGAUUCCACCAAGCUGGACGUAAAGUUUGUCAGUCACAGUCCUACAGCUUUCUAUAUGAGAGGUCUUUCUGCUCGGCUUGAACUGAAUUGGAUGCGAAAUUUCAGCAACGAUUGGAUCAGCAAGGGCUACAACUUAAUUUCACCACCCGAUUUCGUUAGAUCAUUAAUAGUUGAUGGUUGCGGUCUUGAUUUCAACAAUCCCCAAAAAGUUUUGAGUCUAGCUACAGUUCCAGAUCACGGCAGUCUUGAAAAAGGGAACGGUUUUCAUCUAGUUGGCGGUUCCUCAUUACCCGCCAUGGUGGCGUUCCUGACUAAAAAUGCUAUCGAAGAGCCGAUUCCAUUGCGACUGGCAUCUGCUGGACGUACUUACCAUCCUCCGACGGAAUCAAACCACGAAGACCUUACCAAUACCACACAAGCUUCAUCCAUACACUUGUUAACCGUAAUGAAGAAUUGUCCAGAUGCCAUGUUUAAAGAAGUUGUACGCGUUCAAGAAACUAUUUCAAUGCAGUUGCAAAAACUUGACGUGAAUUUCCGGAUCAUUGCUGUACCUGCCCGUCAGUUGGAGUCAUGGGAACAGUACCGUUCGUCUGUUGAACUCUUCUCGUCAUCGUCUAAGAAGUUCAUUCAAGUAGCCAACAUUUCGAUCAUCGGUGACUAUAUUUCUAGACGGCUCUCCAUUUAUGGUCCAAACAAAGAGUGGCCCGGUUUUGUAACAUCACAAGCCCUGUCUGUUCCAAAACUGCUUUAUUGUUAUUUAAAAAACUAGAGCCACCAGUAUCGAAUGUCGUAAAAGUCGUGUAAGUCAUUAGCGUUGAAAAUCAUGAUCGUAGUCCAGCAUUGUAUGAAUAGAAAACCAGAUGAUUUUUGCCUUGAAAAUACACCGAAACUUACCGUUA